UUGAAAACCAUACUAAAUAUCCCUUACAAGCACACAAUGAAACUAAUCCUGGUUCUGACUUUCCUGGCAACUUUGGCUCUUUCUCUGGCUUUUCCCCAGGUGGGACAUGGAUCUGUUAAUGGACCCAGUGGGCGCUUUCCUAUGACUAAAAAUUGGGCACAACCUCCGGUGGAUCUGGGAAAACCCAUUAUCUUCUUGCGAGAGGCCACUCCCAUUCAUGAAGCCCAGGAAUCGCGACCGGGACAGACCAGACGUCGCAAGAGUGGAUAG